CGAUGCGAGCGCCACACCAUACUUGUCUACCCACCUAUGCUUGCUUCAGCAAAACACAAAGCCAUGAAGACCAGCGGCACCGCCAUCCUGAUGAUGCUGCUCUCGCUCGCGGCGGCGGCCCUCCUUGCCGCCGAUGCCACCGUCGUCGCCGACGUGGACAUGGACAUUAUCCGCCUCCCCAGCGACGGCGACGAAGGAGGUUCUGCAGCAGGCCUUGUUGCAAGCCAGGUCAUGGAGGUUGCUGCGACGGACGCAGUGGUGGAGGAGAAGGAGGAUGAACCGGUGGCGGCGGUGAAGAACAUCGGCGGCGGCGUCCUCAACGAGGAGAUUAGGCCGUGGGCGUGCUGCAACGAGACCCUGUGCACCAAGUCGUCCCCGCCGACAUGCCACUGCCUGGAUGUGGUCGAUCGGUGCGCCGCCGCAUGCAAGCUAUGCGAGCCGUCUGCAACGAGCCCGUUCCGCCACGUCUGCAACGACGAGUACCAUGGACUCCCCGGGCCAGCUUGCUCCGAUGAGGAUGACGAAGACUUCCCAAGCGCCGCGCAUAGCCGUAGCUACCCGUCGCUCGCCGCUGCCGCGCAGUUGCUGUUAGCGUUUGUAGUCGUGUUCUUUACCCACAGUCAUUACUAGCAUGUCGCCUAGCGUGUGCGUGAGUUAAGUGGUAACUAUGUUUGACCUGGCCGUUUGCUUGUGUUCCAAAUAUGAAGGGAACCGAAUAAUACAGCGAAGAAAAGCUCAGUUAUUUUGAGGUGUGUAGAUGGCUAGGACAAGUUUUGCGCCGAAAUCGGCUUCGAAUAAAGAUAUCCAUAUCUGAUUUCAAAUAAA